AUGCUGCCGCCUCUCUCCGACAAGCUGGGCUCGAAGCUCCAGCUCUUAGUGCCCGUCGCCAUCGCGCCCUCGCUCGUGUCGACUCGGCGUAGCGCCCUGCUGGAACUGAAGAAAGUGGACGCGGUGCAAGUCAGCAGCGUAGGCAAGAAAGACCAGUUCGUCGUCGAGGUGUUUGCAGACUCGUCCGCCGUGGCAAACGCAGACAACGAGGAGCCCGCGAGGCCGGACGAGGCGCGGCCGCGGCGACCGACUACCCAAAUCGCGAGGACCCAAAUGGACUUCGUGCACCUCCGUAACCAAGUGUAUGAGCUUGCGCACGCAGCGCACCGUCGCGACCCCUGUGAGUUCUGCGCUGGGAUCCUGGACUUGAUCGUGUUUGGGGCGAACCCGGACGGUUUUUGGGUUGGCUUGCUGGGCGGUAAGCGGAUGGCCAAGACACUAGCUGGGUUUGCGAACGUCUUGCUCAAGGUGACCACGCAGCACACUUGCACGGACACUCGGGGCUGCUGCGACGCACAGACCUCCGUUCCGCAGCUCGUGCACACCUUCCUGUUCAAGGCAGCGAGCGAAGUUGUCUAG